UGCUCGAGAAAGAUGCUGCACCAAAUGUCAUGCGAUCUGAAGCCAAGAACAGCUCCAUCAUUUCAUUUCAAUGAAAUUCGAGGGGUAUGUGACGCUUCUUGCUGUUUGACUCGGCAAUACGUAGAUCUCGGGCAUGAAAUUUCUCAUAAAUCUAACACGUAGGCUUGUGAUAUUGUCAGUGAUAUCCUUGGUUUUUGUGAGCAUGUGCGUCCACUUUUCCACCUAUAAAAUUAGGCCCUAUUCUUCAUCGACGCGAUGUGGUGUUGAAAAUAAGGGGCGGCCCUUCAAAUACCUGACGCAAGCAGCAAGAUUUUGCGAACGAACAGCUAACCGAACUUCCGUACUCAUCGGCGUUGUCUCGAGCACGGACCAUUUCGAGAACCGAGCAGGCGAUCCGGGACACCUGGGGCGGAACAGCCCUGAAAAUGGGCUUCCUCGUAGUCUUUCUUCUGGGAAUGACACCGGACCAAGAAGUUCAGCGCAAGGUGUUGACAGAACACAACAUCUACGGAGAUAUCGUUCAGGGAGACUUUGUCGACAGCUACAAGAACCUCACCUACAAGACUGUGAUGCUGAUCCGCUGGGCUCGAGAAAAGUGCUCGGAGGUUAACUUCGUGCUCAAGAUCGACGACGAUAUGCUACUCAGCGUAUGGGAUCUCGCCGUCGUCGUGAACGAUUUGGAGGGAAUCAAACGCACAAUGUGGGGUUAUCUGUAUCGCGGUGCUUCUCCCAAUCGCAACGUCGCUUCCAAGUGGUACGUGUCUAGGAAGGAAUACGCGCCAGAUACCUACCCCGCAUUUCUCUCGGGCACCGGUUACCUAAUAUCUGGUGACAGCAUUGCCACUCUCGAGGAGCUCAUUAGUGACGAGUGCUUCUUUCCUCUCGAAGACAUCUACCUGACCGCCAUCGUUGCGGAGAGAGCUCAAGUGAGUCGUUUAGGUUUCGAUGGCUUCUCCAAUGAACACAAGUGGUUCCAUCAGCCGUGCUCGACCCCCAGGGUCGUGACGUCACACGAUUGGAGCCCAGCGGCAUUGAGGAAUCAAUGGAGGCACGCUGUCUCCCGGUUGAACUUCGCGCUGUGCGCGGGAUUAAAGAAAAGCCAGAUGGUAUCGUAGGCCAGAAAAAAAGUG